AAACGUAAGAGCGCCUGCGCAAGUAACGUCACGUUCGCGCUACGUAUAAUCCACGUCUAAACAAAAAUUUAUUUAAGUAAAGUAACCGGCAAGUCAAUUUUAUUAGUUAUAAUGAGUUCUUGGAUACAAUAUAUUAAAUCUAUUCCAACGCAUAUGGACUAUGAUGGUCAAGCUCGAUCAGAAAGUUUGUCAAGAGUCAUUAUAACGUUAUUUGGGGUGGUUGGAUUAAUUUGGGGAUAUGUUAUUCAACAAUUUUCUCAAACAAUGUACAUAUUAGGAGCAGGAUUUGUGUUGGCAGCUAUAAUUACAGUACCACCAUGGCCUAUGUAUCGUCGUAAACCUUUAGAUUGGCAAAAACCACAAUCUGAGGUUACAGUCAAACAAAAAAAGAAGAAAUAGUUUUCUAUUAUUUAUAACUGUAUUUAACAAUACUUUGUUACAAAGUGUUACAUAAUAAUAUUUGUUGGUGCGGAACAUAUACAUAUUUAUAUCUUAUUAUCAUUUUUCAUGGAAAAACAUGUAAUAUCUAUAAUUGUAUAAUUUAUGAAAAAGAACUGCAAUAAGAAAUAUUAUUACUUUUAUAGAUGUAUCACAAUUAUAUUAAUAUCCAUGAGAUUUUAGAAAAUAUUACAAAAUAAAUUUUUAAUCAUUUGAUGUUCAUGUCAAAUUAAUAUUCGAUUUUUGAAAAUGAGAAUUGAAAUAAAAUGGUAUAUAUUUACA